UUCACACUCGUAGUUCAGUUCGGUCCACCCGGUGAUUGGUACUCGACCCUUUGUACUCUCGCAACUACUAGGGUCAUGGCCGCCGAACUUGGAGAUACGGGGCUCAUCCUUUCCCUGCCUCCCCCGACGCCCUACGCUCUGACCGUGACGGACCUGACCAUCGGCGCGCCUCCUCCGCGUGACGCCAGUUUCGCCAUCGGCCCGAUACCCGUUCCGCUGCCAUCGUUCCUCAAGCCAGCCGCCGAGAAGACUGGCCGCCCCACGCGAUCGACUAUCGUGCGGAAUGUCUCGGGGAGCUGCAAGGCCGGCGAGAUGCUGGCUAUCAUCGGCGGCAGUGGGUCGGGCAAAACCACGCUGUUGAACGCCAUUGCGGGGAGGCUGCAUGGCUUGCCUAUCCUCGACGGCCAGAUAUCCUUCCGACCCGCUCGCGACGCAGCAACGGCCGGCGAGGCCAAUAAGCCGAAGCUGUCCAAGAUCAUCGGUUUCGUGCGUCAGAACGACUACCUCCUGCCCCAUCUGACUGUGAGGGAGACGUUACACUUCUCGGCAGCACUGCGACUGCCGAAGACGGUUGAUAAGAAGACAGUCCGGGCUAUUGUCGAGCAAACGAUCGAGGAGCUGGGAUUGAAGGAGUGCGCCGACACAGUUGUGGGCGGGAUCUUCCGCAAAGGCAUCUCGGGCGGCGAACGAAGACGACUGUCUAUCGGAUGCGUGUUGGUGACGCUGCCCUCCGUGCUCAUCUUGGACGAAGCGACAACGGGGCUCGACGCAACGACCUCAUUCUUCCUCCUGCAGACCCUAUCCGAACUCGCGAAGCGGCAUUCUCGGACUAUCAUCCUCUCGCUCCAUGCCCCGCGAUCUGAUGCGUUCGAGCUGUUCGAUCAGAUCAUGGUCUUGUCGAAAGGCGACGUGGUCUACAGCGGCCCGACCAGUGACAGUCUGGGAUGGUUUGAAUCGCGGGGAUGCGAGCUAAAGAAAGAGACGAACCCCCUGGACUUUCUUGUCGAUGUCACAAGCGUGGACAAUCGGUCGGCAGAGCAGGAAGACGAAUCGCGGACGCGUGUGGCCGCGCUAGUCCAGGCGUGGAAAGACCGCGAAGCCAAGCCUUCUUCAGGGCCACACCCUGCGCCCCUCACCACGAUGACACACACCAUCUCUCGGGGUUCCGAAGUUGGUGGCAUCGAUGAUGGCAGGUCGGGAUACUCGCGUCCCGGGUCGAUUCAGCAGACGCUCAUUCUGUUGCGCCGUUCUCACUUGAAUGUGUAUCGGAACUAUGGGCAGCUGGUUGGGUUUCUGAUUCAGAGUAUUGGUAUCGGCGCCUUCAUGGGUUUGACGUAUUUCAAUCUCCAGGGAACGCCAGGAGAUAUCCAGUCUCUGAAGGUAGGCCAGCUGGUGUCCGUCGAUGGUGGCAAAUCUGAACUUGUCAAGGGAGCGACGUUUCAGAUGUACCCUGGCUACUAUUACCUCACGCAAGUCUACUGGAUCUACAAGUUUUGCACUGAUUUUGUGAUCUUUGAUCGAGAACGAGAGGAUCAUCUCUAUGGCACAUUCCCGUACAUCAUCGCGGAGUUCACUGCCAAUCUGCUCCCGACAACGAUCCCGCCUACAAUCUAUGCGGUUAUCUUCUAUGUGCUCAGCAACAUGCGGCGUGAUCCGUUCGCCUCGAAUUUGUUCAUCGUUGUAGCCAACGCGAGUUCAUUCUCUUUCGCAGUCCGACUUUCUUCACAUUUGAGCACAGUGCAUCUGCAUGCAAUGGUCGACCCAGGGCAUGGCGCUGUUCUCGGCAUCCAUAUUCCGUCGAUGGUUGCCAACGCACUUUCGCUGUUCUUCACUCUCUCUGCCGGAUUCUCUUUGACCAAGGUUCCCGUGUGGUUGAGAUGGAUCAAAUGGCUGCAAGUCCUUGUGUCAUGUCAAUUUCUCCGCGUCUCACAUCCCGACAGUUCGACGACAUUCUACUCCUUCCGGGUAGUCGCUACAACCCAAUUCAAAGGCCGCAAAUUCGCAUGCGAGGGUGUCACGGGUGUCGCAUUAUCGCAGUGCGACGGCGAUAAUGUUCUGAAGGGACUCGAGUUCUCGCUCGAUACACCGCUCAUCGUGUAUUUUGCGGCUGAGAUUGCCAUCCUUGUUGGGUUGCAUGUCCUCGCUGGACUGGUGAUGCAGUUCUACAAGCCUGGCGGCGUCAAGCAUGCUUCUGCUGUUGGAUCGGAAUCAGACACCCGCGGCAAAGAGACGGCGUUGACAGUGCAGAUGGACAUGGAUAUCACCAGAGCCAGGAUCGACGUCGAGGUGCGGAACCUGGGAUUCGCCUGGGUCCGGCGUGGUGGAUUGGGCAUGAGACGGAGCAAGCAGAAGAGCAAAGUCAUCUUGAGCGACAUCAGUUCUGUCUUCCCGGCGGGAGAGAUAUCUGCUAUCAUGCUCGGAGCGCAGGGCCCGUCGGGUGCCGGCAAGUCAACCAUUCUGCAGCUCCUGUCGAAUCGGAGACUCAACGCGGGCACUGGCGCGCAUUUCGAGAUGACGGGCGACAUCCUGUUUAAUGGCCAGCCGGCGAGCAGCGAGACCCGGACGGCGGUCGCGUUUGUCGAGCAGGAAGACGACUAUCAUCUCAGCGCGCUCACUGUCCGAGAAACGCUUCGCUAUGCGGCGCUUUUGCGACUUCCGGCCAAGAUGAGCAGGAAACGUAAGAUCGCCAGGGCAGAGGAAGUGCUGCUCAUGCUGGGUCUGAAAGACUGUGCGGAUGUUCUAGUUGGCGGGGAGCUGGUCAAAGGGAUCUCUGGAGGAGAAAAGAGACGGCUGUCACUUGCUGUGCAGAUGAUCAGCGACCCUAGUAUCCUUGUUGUUGAUGAGCCGACAUCGGGCUUGGACUCAUUCAUAGCCAAUAACGUGAUGCAAUGCCUCAAGUCCAUCGCACUUAGCGGCCGAACGGUCAUCGUCUCGAUCCACCAGCCCCGAUCGGACAUAUUCCAUGCGCUCGACAAUCUGCUGAUCCUCGCCAAAGGCGGACACGCUGUCUUCAGUGGGAAACGCAAAGACGCGGUCGCUGUGAUGCAGAGCCAGGGCUACCCGCUACCUUCGGUGUGGUUCAACCCGGCUGACCAUCUGCUGGAUCUGGUCACCGUCGACCAGCGGCCGGGCAAGGCGACGGAGUCGAAAGCACGGGUCGCGGCGUUGAUCGAGUGGCGGGAUCAGGCCGCACAACAGGAGAAAGCCCAGAAUGAGAAGCAGGUGACGGCCGAGUCCGAGGAAGGGGUGGUCCCAGCUGCAUCUGAAAGCCGGUUCACGCCUGUUUACAUCGCGUUCCCGGUUGUUGCUGAGCGCAUGUUCAAGAAUCUGUGGCGGCAGAAGGAGGCGUUUUGGGGCCGGAUCACACAGACGCCGUUGGCUGGUUUGUUACUUUUGAUGUUUUAUGAGCGGUUGUCGUUUGGUCCCACUGGUGGACAGGAUCGGAUUGGUGUCAACUUGCAGUCGACCUCGGCUCUUCCUUUCAUUGGCCUGAUCAACGGAAUCGCCAUCUUUCCGCAAGACCGGCAGCUGUUUAUGCACGAAUAUCGGAGUCCGGCAGCGUACUCUGUGACGACCCUGAUCUUGUCGUACUCGCUGAUUGAGAUACCCGCUCAAAUCAUCGCUUCGUUGUUUUAUGCUAUCUUUAUGAAUGUUGCGGUGGGGAUGCAAACGAGCGCGCGGAUCUACUUUGAGUACGCGUUGACGAUCUGGACUCUGCAGAGUCUCGGGGAGAGCAUCGCCCUCAUCUUCGCGUCGUUCUUCGAUGCGAUGGGAAUCGCCGUCUCGCUGGUGUCGACUACGCUGAGUAUGGUCACUCAGUUUAGCGGGAUCUUGUCGCUGGCAGUGCCGUUUUGGCUCCAAGUCAUCGCAUGGGGAACGCCGUUGAAGUCAUCCCAGCGAGUCCAAUUCAUCAACGAAUGCGAGGGCCUGCAGUUCCGCUGCUCGCCCGCGGAUAUCACCCAGGGCAUAUGCACCGCUGUCUCCGGGGAACAGCUGCUCGAGCUCUAUGCGUUUUCGGAUCGGAACACGGCCAAGUUGAUGGGAAUUGCGGUUGCGGUGGCCAUUGCGUGGAGGGUCUUGGCUUGGCUUGCGCUGAGAGCAAGGAUGGCGAGAGGUUGAUUCAUAGAUUCAUAUUUUGUCGUAUUUUACAGGUUUUCCGGGCGCUUUGAAUGCCUCUCAUAAAAAAGUUAUCACUUGCUAACAA